AUGAAGUUUAAAAAGAAACAGAAAGUGCAGGUGAUAGAAAACCACAUUGCAGCACAGCAGUUGUUAAAUGUGACUGGUAUCAAUGCAGCGACCAUAUUCCAGAACAGCAAAUUGAGGUUGCUCAACCGGAUGCAGAUGAGAUCACUGAUGGUGAUGACAGCAGUGACAAAGAAGUGCUUAGUUGCUGCUAUAGAGGAUGAGAAAAGUGAAGAUUUUGAUGACAAUGAAUAUGAUGAAUCACAGAUUAAAGUUGAUGUUAAUGAACACGAUGAUAAGAUUGGAAACGUAGUACAUGUCACACGUUCUGGGAUGUCUGUUUCGUCCUGA